AAGACUAAUAAAUAAAGAGGGGGUAAGUGAUUUUUAUUAGUUAGAUUUUUUGUUUGUUAAAAUGAUUAUUUUUUAAUGUAUCACAGAAUGUGAAAAGCGCAGUUUUCAAUGAUAAAAUAUACCUUAUUCAGUGAAGUUGUAUUGCUUGUUUGGAUAAUGUAUGGUUUAACAAUUGAAAAUCGAGGAUAAACAAUCAAGAGUAUGUCUGAAAUAAAAUAUACCCUUGGUUUACUGAGCAAACUGUUAAAUUUGUUAUUGGAAACUAAGGUAGAACCUGAGCAUUUUCGAUUGGCUAAAUUCGAUAAAGGUACGAAAAAUGUGGUAGCAAUAUUAUGGUUUAUACUUGGCAAACUUACCAAUAAUACUUACACAAAUAUACCCUCCAUAAAAUAUUACAUGACCUCCCUAAAAUACCCCCGUGAAAAUUUCCAAAACUUACCAGAAAACAUGUCCAAAGGUAGCAAAGAAGUUCUAUUGGCAAUAUCUUUCAUUCUAAACGAAAAAAUCGAUGAUUUUGUUAAGGUUGAGAUAGAAAAUUGUCCCUUGAACCCCGAUUAUGAUUUUCUCGGUGUCAAUGAUGAUAUUUGUGAUGAUGAGGAGAAAGUUGUUUUAUCACAUCUUACAUCUGAGAAUGAUUGUAAGCAGUAUUUAAUGUGGGUUAAGGGGAAAUUGGGUCAGAGUGUUAAGCAAAUUGAGGAGUAUGACGUUCAAAAUAAAACAUUGGUAGAUAAGCUAAAAACCGAUUUACCCUUAAAAUUCGAAGAUUUAUCCUUAAAUAGACUAAUUGCCUUCAUUAGUAAAAAAUACUGUAAACAAUUCAUAGAGAAAACCGAUAGAAUUUUUGAAAUUCUCGAACAAUAUGUUUUGUGGAAACGGAAGGAGGAUAUAUUUUGGAAAUGGAUGAAAACUGUACUCGAACAAAAAAACUAACAUGUGCAUAGAUAUUUAUUAAUUACAUCAUAUUAUAAUUAUCCAAGUUUAUUUUGAGUGGAAUAGUAUUUUCUUAAAAUAAAACAUAAUAUAAUUUUAAAAUCUAUUUUUAAAAGUCAAAAAGUUAAUUUAUAUAACGUAUAUACGUUAAUACAUGAUUUAAAUUUGAAAACAACCUUAAAAAUAUAAUUUUUAAAUAAAAAACGUGGCAUACAUUUACCCUAUUUUAAUAAAUGUUAUGAAAGAGUUA